AAGAUGGCGGCCUCCAUGCUGGGCUCGCUGCUACGCACCGUCUGGCAGAUGGUUCCUUCAUCAGCUUCAGGCCAAGUUCGAGGUUACUACGUGGACUGGAAAAUGUUGCGGGAUGUAAAGAGGCGGAAAAUGGCUUAUGAAUAUGCAGAUGAAAGGCUACGGAUCAAUUCACUCAGGAAAAAUACCAUUUUGCCAAAAAGCCUUCAGGAAGUAGCUGAUGAAGAAAUUGCUGCCCUUCCCCGGGAUAGCUGUCCCGUUAGAAUCAGAAACCGUUGUGUUAUGACGUCCCGUCCUCGUGGUGUAAAGCGGCGCUGGAGGCUGAGUCGUAUCGUCUUCCGCCACUUAGCUGACCAUGGGCAACUUUCUGGGGUCCAGCGAGCAAUGUGGUAA